CUUGUUUCUACGCUGGAACCCCCGUUACUGGACAGUGCCGAGGCAAGGCGUCCUGUAACAGGAGAGAGACACCAAAGAAUGUGGAUAAACCUUUUGUGAGGCAGCACAAACGGUAGGCCCGCAUAAACUGAUGGAGGUGCAGGACCAGGAGUCUGUGGAGAGAUGGGACAGGCUGGGGAGCCGGGAUCCCAGCUCCAGAGCUGAUGCGAUAGAGAACAUCUGCCAAGAGGUCAUGCGAAAAGUGGAAACCAUUGGGCCCAUACCGCCGGUGGCCCCUCUGUCCCUGGCUUCAGGGAGUCCUCCAGGCAACGAUCUGAAUGACAUCCUGGCCCAUGUCCUUAUGCUCUCCAGACGUUGUCCCUUUGAAGAUGUCAGGGAGCGUUGCUCUCAGCUUCUGCGAAACAUCCAGGACUUGGGAAUACGGAUCCCAAGACCUCUGGGUAACGGACCAAGCAGAUUUAUCCCUGAAAAAGAGAUCCUCCAAAUCAGUAAAGUGGACUCCAGGACUCAAUCGAUAUUUGAGGAUGCGUUUGCAGCCCUCGGCCGCCUGGAUAACAUUUCCCUCGUGAUGGGUUUCCAUCCACAGUACCUGGAGAGUUUUCUCCGGACGCAGCACUACCUGCUACAGAUGGACGGACCCCUGCCUUUGCACUACCGACACUACAUCGGCAUCAUGGCAGCAGCCAGACACCAGUGUUCCUACUUAGUCAACCUGCACGUCAACGACUUCCUUCAGGUCGGGGGAGAUCCCAAGUGGUUGAACGGCCUCUUUGAAGCCCCGCAGAAGCUGCAGCAUCUCGGAGAGCUCAACAAAAUCCUGGCCCACCGACCGUGGCUUCUCACCAAGGAACACAUUGAGGGUCUUCUGAAGGCCGAGGAGCACAGCUGGUCUCUGGCAGAGCUAAUCCACGCCGUGGUCCUGCUCACACACUACCAUUCCCUCGCCUCGUUCACUUUCGGCUGUGGCAUCACACCCGAGAUCCACUGUGACGGUGGGCACACGUUCAGACCCCCUUCCCUUAGCCAGUACUGCGUGUGCGAUAUAGCCAAUGGCAACGGUCACGCUAAUCACCAUGACGAUUUGCUCGGCAAUCAGGACAUGUGCGGUGAGGUGGAGGUGCUGAUGGAGAGGAUGAAGCAGCUGCAGGAGUGCCGCGACGAUGAGGAAGCCAGCCAGGAGGAGAUGGCAACCCGCUUCGAGAGGGAGAAGACGGAGAGCAUGCUGGUGGUCACAUCAGAGGACGAGGAGUCAGCCCCCCCGAGAGACAUCUCGCGCCACUUUGAGGACCCCAGUUAUGGCUACAAGGACUUCUCCAGGAGAGGGGAGCAAGUGCCCACGUUCAGAGCACAGGACUACAGCUGGGAGGACCAUGGGUUCUCUCUGGUCAACCGGCUCUAUCCCGACGUCGGACAAAUGCUGGACGAGAAGUUUCACAUGGUCUACAACCUGACCUACAACACCAUGGCUACACACAAGGACGUGGACACCAGCAUGCUGCGCAGGGCCAUCUGGAACUACAUACACUGCAUGUUUGGCAUCAGGUAUGAUGACUAUGAUUAUGGAGAGAUCAACCAGCUCCUGGACCGUAGCUUUAAGAUCUAUAUUAAGACCAUCGUGUGUAGUCCUGAGAAGACCACCAAACGAAUGUAUGAGAGUUUCUGGAGGCAGUUUCAGCACUCCGAGAAGGUUCACGUUAAUCUGCUUCUUAUGGAAGCGCGAAUGCAAGCAGAACUGUUAUACGCUCUGAGAGCGAUCACUCGCUACAUGACAUGAAAUGCUCUGGGCCUUGUUCUCAUUGUCCCAUUUUUUUUAUUUUAUUUUUUUCUUUCUUUUUAAAUUUUACAGUCAUCAUUGCUGGGACAUUUAAAGAAAAUAAAUCAAAAAUGGGGAGGGUGGGGGGAUGUUCGAUUAAAAUUGUGGAAGAGAUGCAUUGAAGAGAGCCCGGUGUUGUGACGAGGCUUUGCUGGCUGGAUGUUGAGAAGAAGAUCAGAACAAAUGGAGAGCAAGAAAAUGACUGUUGGGAGAAAAGACAUCUCAAACUACAGAAGUGGAUCCACAAACUGUUUGUUGCCUGCAGUGCCAAAACUGACCAAGAGAGGGCAACCUUGAGCCAACUCCUGCCCUGCAACACCGGAGGCAUCGGGGGACUAGUUUAAGUAUUGCAGCGUACGGCAACCGAGGUUGCCAAUCUCACCUGUUUCCUGGUGGAGUGAAUACCCAGAAAGAAAAGCUGUGCAGCCAGAAACAGUCUGCACUUUGAUUCUGUCGUUACUGUUAUGUGUUUUAGUUUCUUGAAUACCUUUUUUUUUUUUUUUUUUUUUUUUUUUUUUGUAUUACGAGAAGUUGUUGUCCUUGUGGUUGCUGUUGGCGGUAACUGGAGAUGGACGCAUAAACGUUUUUUUUUUUGUUUGUUUUUUUUUAAACGUGUGCCUGAACUAUCCAGCACAGUGUGCAUACGUGCUGACGCUGCUGCUCCCAUGUUGUAUUCAGUGGGGUCAUAUUGAUCCCCAAAAUCACCUCCUCACCCCCUUUCCACCCCCCACCCCCCACUAUAUGAGCCCCUGUCCAUUACAGAUCCACUGCAUUACACCCCUUCCCUCCUCUACCUUGUAGCUAAAUUUCAAAUGUCAAUGUAAGCUAAUCCGAAAGUAUGUGUGGAAAAUAAGAACACUGUCUGAGCCCUUUGUGAGUGGAGAUGCAUGGAUGAGUUGUUUUGUGAGGACUGAGGUGUGUGUGUGUGUGUGUGUGUGUGUGUCUGUCUGUCUUUCACAGAGAUGAUGGAGAGAAAGAGGGGGAGGAAAAAAAGUACGUCUUGAAAUUUCACGUCUCAAAAAAAAAAUAAGCGAGGCACUUUGAAGGAAGACUUCUUGCUUCUGCUGUAGCUCUGGUUUUGUGACAACUUUUUAUUGUUUUGUUGAUGAUGCCUUUUUUUUCUUAUUUUUUUUCCAGUGAGGGGGAGAUGGGAAGGAAAAAAAAGCUAAUCAAAAAGAAAGUUAAGACACCAGGUUUUCAGGAGGGAUUUGCUUCCAGUUCCUCUAACCACACCUUUUUAACUGUCUUCCGCUUAUCCCAGCUGCCUGGUUGCCCUAACACUUUUCAAAAGCUUUGGAUUGUGAAUUUUACCAGUAAAUGAAUACCUCUUCUGUUCUUCUCUAUGAAACAUACAAGAAGUGCUCUUUGGUGAGCAGAGACUUUGUUGUUGUUGUUGUUGUUCGGCUGCCGCGCUCCCCGCUGCUCGGGGACCUGCCGGGCCUACACCUGGCGGACUGCGCUCGAUAACGUUCGAACGCAAGAGGUUGUAGCUGUGCUUAUUUCCCCACUGGGGAAGUCUAACCAGUGCAAAAGCAGCUUUUUUCCCUCUUUAUUUUGAACAGAGGUGUGAAACCUCUACUGUUUGUUUUCUUUGUUAAUCAUUUCAGUACUGCAUUCUUCUGAGGGUGGAUUUGAGACAGGUGACGGAUGAAUGAGUGACUAUGAUGAUGAGGACUCUGAUGAAAAAGGAAUGGUACAUUUGGAAGUGUUUUGAGAGGAGGUUUUCUGACUGUCAGUUACUGACACUUUUUAUAUGGAAAUAUAUGAAAAAAAAGAUUAAAAAAAAUAAUAAACUAAUAUUAAAUUGUUGUGUAUCAUUUUGUAGCUUUUUCCCAAAACAAUGUAUCGUGUGUUUCUCCAUCAGUAAGAUUGUAUAAAAUGUGGAGAAAUGCAGUUCAGGAAUCAAACAUUCAAAGCACAAUCGGUGUCACCAUCAGUUCACAGCUUGCUCAGAUGCACAAGAACAGGAAAUUAAAUUGCCCAUGGUCAUUAGUAAGCAUAUCUGAGCGCUGUUAUGCAAAAGAUGACUUGUGAAUUGACACGGGAGAAUUACUUGCUCUCUGAUAAUGAAGCUGACUUCACCAACAGCAGGCUGGACCCAGGGGUAUAGUUCAGUCUGCCGUCAGUACUGUCUAGGGACUUUGAUGUGAAUUUCAUUUUACUGUAUCAGAAGUGUGUAGUCCCCCUUCCUGUGGUGCGGUUGAGGCUUAAAGUUUCUCUUUGCUCCCGACCAGCUUUUGUCUCGAUUCAAAGGAGGGGAUUUCCUUGUAGGUCAAGUUACCUCACUUUCCUGUUUGCCCCCGUGUCACACCUUUCUGGGAAAAAGUGUUUCGCUUUCCAGAAGAGGCUGGAAGUCUGUCGGAAGUUCAGGGUGAUUCCCGUCGGUCGAGGCCACAGAAGUCUGUCAAUGUAAAAUCACCAGCAGAAACUCAGCGUUCCUCCCCGCUAGCCUUUACAUUUUUCCCCACAAUAAUACAAAACAGGAAAGGUUUUUUUUGGGUUUUUUUUAAAAUCAGACAGCCACCUGUCGCUCAUAUCAUGCUGAGAAAUCCUAUGUAUAGAACAAUGUUUGCUGUCAUUUCUGGCUAUCGGAUUGUUUUACCAGGUUUUGAAGCAUUAGCUUGUUUUGUGGUUGUUCAAGGUCACCAUUGUGGGAAAACUAGGGUGGGAGUUCUACAUUAAGUGCCGUUUCUGAUUUGUUUCAAUGUAAUAACAGUGUGAUUUUUGAAAUGCUGUAUGUUUAGGCUACUUGGUGUAACUCUGUAAGCACUGCCUGGCCCCAUAUCUGUGUCAUAAUAAAGCAAAUGUGUUUUCUGCUCUUCA